AGGGGGCGGAGCCUUGAUUUUGCAGAAGUGGACAGCUCCUCUCGUCGAUCCGAAACAAGCUCGCUAUGACGGCGCACGGCUUAGCGUUACCGGUGAUCCUCUUCUCCAUCUUCUGGGGGCUCGUGGGAUUUGCGGGUCCGUGGCUGGUGCCGAAGGGGCCCAAUCGCGGAGUGAUUAUUACCAUGCUGGUGACAACUGCUGUCUGUUGCUAUCUUUUUUGGCUUUUAGCAAUUCUUUCUCAAGCCAAUCCUCUCUUUGGCCCUCAGCUGAAGAAUGAUACCAUCUGGUAUGUUCUCUUUCAGUGGGAAUGACCUGGGCUGUUACAGACCAAUUUCAUAGGCUUCACCAGUUGAAUGCCCCUUCCAGUUGAAAGUGUGAUGGAACUUUUACAACCCAUUUCCGCUACGGUGACCAUUCCCUACCUUCCAAUUUUAACUGAUACAUUGGCAUAUAUCAUUUUAAAUGUUAUUAGUAAGGACCCUCCCUUGGUAAUUGCAGUAAAGUAAGUAGUACAGUACAGUACAGUAAGUAGUUGUAUCCUUGAGAUUGAAUCACUGUUGAUAAGAGCUUUGCAACAUCCUUCUGAAUAAGAAAGAACUUUUCUCCAUUUCCAAUGACAUGGUAGAUUUGUAGGUUUCUCUGCAUUUUUAUUUUUGCAUAGUUUCUUCUGUCAGAGUGUAUUUGCCUAGACAUUUUUAAUUGUCCAUAUUAACUACCAGUUGUAAAUAUAAAUAUGGUAUAAACUUGUAUUGUGAAAAUUAAACUAGUUUGUGACCUUUUAUAGGUGGGGUCCUAUUGGGUGAGUUUAUAAUAAAACUGCUGAUAUCACUUGUAUCAUUUUAAAGAACAGUUUCAACAAAAUCAAAUUUUGGAUGAGAGAUUUUGUUGCAAAGCGUGAUUUCACUCUAGCUGCUCAUGACUGAGAGCGAGUUUAGUCUGGUUAGGCACUAGUCUAGAAGCCAGGACACUAACAUGAAAGCUGAUUAGGUGACUCACUCUCUCUCUCCCUUGAACUCAUUUUAGAAGGUUGUUAAUGUGGAGAAAAUAGGAGAAAGGAGUAUUAUGUCUUCAUCACCUUAAGUUAUCACCAAGUAGAAAGGCACAUGAGGAAUAACGACUUGUGUAGCCCCUUGGGCUAUGGAAAAGAAACAUCAAAGAUGGUUUCAAUAAACUAUGAUUAUAUAGCUCAGUGUAAUUUAUUGCUACAGUUCACUGGAUUUCAAGUAUUCAAACAAAUACAUUAUGAAAUGUAGCCCACCGUUGAUUUAGAGUCACUGUUGAAAGAAGUUCAGUUAUCCAGAAUGGUCUGUAUUUCAAGAUAGUUUUCUGCAAAACAAGUAGUCCUCAAGGUAUGACCCUAAUGGAGCCUGCCCAUUAGAGUCAUAAGUCAAACAAAAUUUCUUCAAAUGAAUCAGAUUCAAUUUUAUGAAUUUUUAAAAUCAAAUUUGUCAGUUGAAUCAAAUGGGUUGUUAAAUGAAUGAAAUCUGACUACUUCCUCUGAUUCGUUAAUUGAUCAUUGUCAUUGUUAACUGAGCUGAGAGGCUUUCUCCACUGCUCCCAGCUACCCAUCAAUUGUUUCCGGGUGCAGCCUUCAGUCCAGGAACUAAAUUGCCUCCAAGCAGGCUCCCUCUGCUCUUAGCUUGCAAUUGCUUUUUUAAAAAAAUCAUUUGCUAAUCAGUUCAAGCAUCUCCAGGCAGCUGGGGGGAGGGAUUUACAGAACUCACUUCCCCCUGCUAAGCUCAAGCCUAUCCAGGCAAGCAAGGACUACAAAAAACAAAGUGCUAGUCAAUUCAAGCCUCUCUAGGGAGCUAGACACUGUGUGUGUGUGUGUGUGUGUGCCACUAAUUAACUCAAGUGUCUCCAGGUUGGCACCCAGAGUGAGAUGUGGGAGGGAUUUAUAGAGCUCUCAGCUUGCAACAAGUAACAAGAUUUGGAAGGGACCUUGAGGUUAUCUAUUCUAACCCAUUGCUAUCGCAAGACACCUAUACUACAGUAUUACUGAUAAAUGCCUAUCCAGUCUCUUCUUAAAAGCGUCCAGUGAUGGGGAAUCCACAACUUCUGGAGACAAUUUAAAACCUCUUUAAAAAAAAAAACACUGCUGCUGAUCAGUACAAGCCUCUCUGGGUAGCAUUAAAAC